UUAUCUACUAUAUUUCACUAAUUGUGUCUUAGUAUAACCAUGAAGUGGUCACGUUGCUUUGGGUUUGUUUGGCUUUUGUCGACUAUCCUUCUAUUGUGUUUGACUGCGAGAGCACAACUAAGCGCAGACUUCUACUCCACAACGUGCCCGAAACUUCUUCAAAUUGUACGAAGAGAAGUUCAAAAUGCCAUCAAGACCGAGAUGCGAAUGGCAGCCUCUUUGCUCCGCCUUCAUUUUCAUGAUUGCUUCGUGAAUGGUUGCGAUGCGUCAGUUCUGCUGGAUGGAAGUGGUGGUGAGAAGUUUGCAUUUCCUAAUAUAAACUCAGCGAGAGGAUUUGAAGUGGUCGAUGCCGUCAAAACUGCUGUUGAGAGUCAGUGUAGUGGAGUUGUUUCAUGUGCGGACAUACUAGCCAUAGCUGCUCGUGAUUCAGUUCUCUUAAGUGGAGGACCUUCAUGGAAGGUCCAACUAGGAAGAAGGGAUGGAUUGGUGGCUAACCAAACAGGAGCAAAUCUUGCCCUUCCUGCUCCCACUGAAACAGUCGGUGUCAUCACCGCCAAAUUUGCCGCGGUUGGCCUUAACAUCACGGACGUCGUGUCCUUGUCAGGUGCACAUACAAUUGGAUUGGCAAGGUGUGCGACAUUUAACGACAGAUUGUUCAAUUUUUCCGCAACUGGUGCCCCCGACAGUACAUUAGAAACAAGUAUGCUGUCCGAGUUGCAACAAUUGUGUCCAUUGACUGACGAUGGAAACAAAACAGCAGUUCUAGACAGAAACUCGGUUGAUUUGUUUGACAACCAUUAUUUUCAAAACUUGAUCAACAACAAGGGCCUUCUUGGAUCAGAUCAGGUUCUGUAUUCCAGCAACGAGGCCGCAUCGACAACUAGAAGUCUUGUUCAAAGUUACAGCAGUAAUCAAAAUCUUUUCUUGAGUGAUUUUGCUAAUUCCAUGAUCAAAAUGGGGAAUAUAAGUCCUCUUACUGGGUCGGCCGGAGAGAUUCGGAAGAAUUGCAGGGUAAUCAAUUCAUAAACUGUGGGAACUUCUCAUGUACACAAUUAAUAAACAAGUUUGAUGUGUGUAUUAUUAAUGUAAUGCUGUUCUAUGGACUAAAGGUUAUAUGUUUUGUAA